AACACAACCGUCUUCCUUCCGAAAGUCAAAAAGUAGUCUUCUUAAUUCCACAAUAAUAAGAUAUAAAAUAGAGUUAAAAAAAAAGGGGCAAAAAUAGCUCUCUUCACUCUCUUCUUCUACUUGUGCUUCCUCUGCACGUCCAUACAUAUCGCCGCUUCCAUCGUCGUUCGCUCCGCGCUCCGUCGUCGUCUUCCUAGGGUUCCUGCAUCGGACGACGUCGUCGUUGCUUUAUCGGCGAUGGACAGCGUCAUUGGACUCGUCAAUCGCAUUCAGAGGGCUUGUGCGCUCCUCGGUGACUACGGCGCCGAUUACGCCUUGCCUACUCUCUGGGACUCUCUUCCCACCAUCGUUGUCGUCGGCGGCCAGAGCUCUGGGAAAUCUUCAGUGUUGGAGGGUAUUGUUGGGAGGGAUUUUCUGCCAAGGGGAUCAGGAAUUGUUACUAGGAGGCCUUUGGUGUUGCAGUUGUACAAUACAGAGCAAGGACAAGAGGACUAUGCCCAAUUCCUCCACCAGGAGAACAAAAAAUUCACAGACUUUUCCUUGGUACGAAAAGAAAUUCAGGAGGAAACAGACAGAGUGACUGGGAGGACGAAACAGAUUUCUCCUCUUCCUAUUAAUCUCAGCAUAUUCUCUCCCAACGUUGUCAAUUUAACCUUGAUAGAUUUACCUGGUCUAACGAAGGUGGCUGUAGAGGGACAGCCAGAGAGUAUUGCUCAAGAUAUUGAGAACAUGGUUCGCUCUUAUGUAGAGAAGCCAAAUUGCAUUAUCCUUGCUAUAACUCCAGCCAAUCAAGAUAUUGCAACAUCUGAUGCUAUCAAGCUUGCUCGAGAAGUUGAUCCAGCUGGUGAAAGGACUUUUGGUGUUCUAACAAAGCUUGAUUUGAUGGACCGGGGAACUAAUGCAUUAGAUGUUCUCGAGGGAAGAUCUUACAGACUGCAGCACCCUUGGGUUGGAAUCGUGAACCGCUCACAGGCUGACUUAAAUAGAAAUGUUGACAUGCUUUCUGCAAGGUGUAGGGAGCGAGAGUUCUUUGCCACUAGUCUAGAAUAUGGACACAUGGCCAGCAGAAUGGGUUCAGAAUAUCUAGCAAAACUUCUCUCAGAGCAACUAGAGUCUGUUAUCAAGGCCCGUAUACCAGGUAUUAUGUCUUUGGUUAACCAAAGCAUUAACGAACUUGAAAGAGAGUUGGACCACCUUGGCAGGCCUGUUGCUAUUGAUGCAGGGGCUCAGUUAUACACCAUCUUGGAGCUCUGCCGUGCAUUUGAUAGGAUAUUUAAGGAGCACCUUGAUGGAGGGCGACCUGGUGGAGAUAGGAUUUAUGGAGUUUUUGACUAUCAACUCCCUGCUGCCCUAAGGAAGCUCCCGUUUGAUCGUCAUCUUUCAUUGCAGAAUGUAAGGAAAGUAGUGGCAGAAGCAGAUGGAUACCAACCUCAUCUGAUUGCACCUGAGCAAGGUUACCGACGCCUUAUUGAUGGGGCCCUGAAUUAUUUCAAAGGCCCAGCAGAAGCUUCAGUGGAUGCUGUCCACUUCAUUUUGAAGGAGCUUGUGAGGAAGUCAAUUGGAGAAACUCAGGAAUUGAAAAGUUUCCCAACUCUUCAAGCAGACAUAGCAGCCGCCGCCAAUGAAUCAUUGGAGAGGUUUCGCGAUGACAGUAAAAAGACGGUGUUGCGAAUGGUGGACAUGGAGUCCUCGUACUUGACUGUUGAUUUCUUCCGCAGACUCCCCCAGGAAGUGGAGAAAGGAGGGAGUCCAACUGCGUCCUCUGUGGACCGAUACACAGAGGGGAACCUACGGAGGAUAGGAUCAAAUGUGUCCGCUUACAUAUUGAUGGUGUCUCAGAUGCUCAGGAAUACCAUUCCGAAAGCUGUGGUGUAUUGUCAAGUUCGGGGGGCCAAGCAGUCUUUACUUGACCACUUCUAUGCACAAGCUGGGAAAAAAGAGGGCUGGCAGCUUGCACAGCUACUUGAUGAAAAUCCGGUGUUAAUGGAGAGGAGGCAGCAGUGUGAUAGGAGGCUCGAAUUGUACAAGUCUGCAAGGGAUGAAAUUGAUUCUGUGUUGUGGGCUUGAUGAAUAUGAAUGCACCAAGUAGGAGAUCCCCAUGUUCAUAAUAGCAGCGGUUUUGUGCUACCUUCUAGUAAAGAUACACGACUAUUUGGAUUAUUGAGCUUAUGCUUCCCUUUUAGCUUUCAAUCAAUAAUUUUCACAUUUGGAUGUUGAUAUACUAUCACAAAUAAAUUUCUUCAAA